CUCCUCUUCCAGCUGCAGAGUUGAGUGAAGAAAUUCCGGCUCAGAUGUGGUGAGCGCCUGGGACGGCUUGCCUUCGGCUUCUUUCCCUCGUGUAGAUGCUUCGAGGGCCGCUUGUCUCUUGAAGAACCUGCCUCGUGGUCCGUCUGCACUUCCAGAAGAUCCGGUGGCCUUUUUCCCUUUCCUCCGGGCUGUCCCUUCCGAUGAAGGAUGGUGUCCCUUGCUGAGUUGGCGGCGAGAACCUGCAACCCUCACCUAGACUGACUGAAACGCCACAGGCAGGUGGAGGAAUUCGGCUCCCGUUUCUCCUUCUGGAGGGGAUGAAAAGUGCUUUUGGUGAAGCAGAAGAGGCAGGAAGGUGACUUGACUGAGCCAAAGCUGGCAUCUGGGCUCAACAAGUGCCAAGAGAGCAUUGCUGGAGGAUCUGAAAAUCUUUCGGAGGGCAGCACUGAAAACCGUUUCACUCUGAUCAGAGCACCUGGCUGACCCUGAAAGAGGCUCGCCCUGAGCCAGGGGAUCACCACAUCGGUAAAUUAAAUCCUUCCCUCUGAUCCUGAAGGAAUCAUCUUAAGGCUCUCCCCUCUUCAGUUACUUCUGCAUGUCAGGCUUCUGGGCAGACUCCAACUAGGGCUUCCCAUGCUUGUCUUUCCCAGCUAGGCUCCGAUUUCACUCGGGGGUGGAACUCCAGCUGGCCAAAAGAGAUGGUUGCCUUGAUGUAGAUUAAAUGCUGGGGAAGGACAGUAUGUCAGCAAACCCGGGGAGCCUUGAUGGAUGCUGAGACGCAGAAUUCAUGUCUUGAAGAACAACUUCAGGCACUUUGGAGUCUCCAGUCUGGAAGCUCAUCAAGAGUCCAUGGUCAGCUUGAGUUAGCAUCCAGACUGCUGGUCCUGAAGACUUCCUUGAGCCAAAACAUCUUUCGAAAGGGACGUUUCCUCACCAGCAAAAUAAGACCACCAUCUCUUCACAAGGUCAUGGAAGAAUCGGAGAACGCUACGGAUUACUUAUACGAUGUUUUCGAAGACAUCAUCCCUGCUAGAGACACAUAUCAAGAAAAAACCCAAAUAGACCCCCUGACCAUCGUUCAAGUGGUCGCAGCUCUCAUCUACAGUGUUACCUGCCUCCUGGGUCUAUUGGGCAAUGGUUUGGUCAUCGCCAUUAUCUUCAAGAUGAAGAAGUCAGUCACCACAAUCUGGUUCCUCAACUUGGCAGCUGCUGACUUCCUGUUCAACGUCUUCCUGCCCCUGAACAUUGCCUACACCGCCAUGGGCUUCCACUGGGUUUUCGGCAGGGACAUGUGCAAAGUCAACAAUUUGCUUCUCAACCUCAACAUGUACACCAGCGUGUUUCUGCUGACCACAAUCAGCCUCGAUCGCUGUGUUUUGGUGGUCUUCCCAGUCCAAUCCCAAAAGCGUCGGACCACAACAAUUGCCUGGUUGCUCUGCAUCCUAAUUUGGGUGUUUGGUUUUCUAAUGAGCUCCCCUUCUCUUGUUUUUCGAGACACCACAACCUUCCGCGGCCGCAUCCUUUGUUUUCACAACUUCUCCUUGUCCAGUUCUCCAAACGACACCGCCCUUGGCCACCAGAGACACAAAAUGGUAACCAUCGUUCGCUUCUUGUUGGGGUUCAUCAUCCCAAUGAUCAUCAUCACAGUAUGUUACAUUACCAUAAUUUUUCGGCUGAAAAGAAACCGUCUCGCCAAGUCCAAGAAGCCCUUGAGGAUUAUUGUCGCCAUCAUCACCACCUUCUUCUUGUGUUGGUGUCCAUACCAUACUUUUCACCUCCUGGAAACUGAUCACCACUCGGUUCCAAACAGCGUCUUCGAGAUUGGGUUGCCCCUUGUCACCGCCAUCGCUGCUUCUAACAGCUGCAUGAAUCCCAUUCUGUACGUCUUCAUGGGCCAAGAUUUCAAGAAGUUUAAAGUAACCAUCCUGUCCAGACUGGCCAAUGCCCUGACCGAGGACACAAUCAAUUCGGUCCACUCUUUCUCACGCAAAAGCAUCACCAAAGCCAGUUCGAUGACUGAAAAAGAAUCAUUUUUACUCUGAGCUUUGGAACCCAACCUGGAUCGUAGUAGAUCAUUGGUUUCCAACAAUGGUCCAAAACUCCUCGUGGUUGCCUUCUUGGAUUACUCCCGUGGUUUCAGGAGGAACUUGACAUCUAAGCCGAUGGUAGUUAUGUGAUUCUAAGCACAACACUUGUUUAUUCUUAUCACAGCUUUUGGAAGGUUAUGGCAUAAAGACCUGAUCCUAGCCACAUAAGCAAACUUCACGACAAAGGAAGGCCCUGCGGUUGAACUUCAGCCUGUAACGUCUUCACUGCAUCCUACAAAUUCUUGACAAUAAGCAUAUUUUGAGCUCUGGGGAAAAUUGAGCACCCCCUUCACUGGUCUGAGAAUUGGGAAGUUUAGGGUUAACUCGUUUUAGACAGGACACUGAAACAGGUGUGUGUGUGUGUGUGUUUCCUAUUCAUUUGUACCCGUGUAAAUCCAGGUGUGAUUUCUCAUUCUAUCACCUUCCACAUGAGCAAACAUGUAAGAGGCUCAUUUUCUGCAACCCCCAAUUUUCCCUGUUGAGAAUUUAAUUCUAGUAAACAACAACAACAACAGCAACAAGCACAACCCUUUCCUUCCACUCUAUAAACCAGGGGUCUACAACCUUGGCAACUUUAAGCCUGGAGGACUUCAACUCCCAGCAAAGCUGGCUGGGGAAUUCUGGGAGUUGAAGUCCACCAGGCUUAAAGUUACCAAGGUUGGGGACCCCUGCUAUAAAUCACGCUCCGGAGAAAAAUUAUUUCAUACAAGUUUUCUCCAGCAACUUUUUCUCUCUUGUCAACUUUUCCAUGAGAUUUCACACUCUACGAAUAAAUCUUUUCUCCAGCAGGUAAGCCAGACAUCCCAUCUAUUCAAUUUCAUGCCCAGUUAAUUUGGGAAAUCAUUCAUUUCCCCCCUUUUUUUCUUUCCACUGAAUAGACUUAAAUCUGAGAUGCUGAACUAGAAUCCAGCCCUGGGUUUAUAGCUUGAUAAGUUGGUUCCUAUCUCAAAUCUAACAAAAUCGCUUUUGAUUGUACCUGGAAAGAUACGGAUUGUGGGACCUCUCCUUCUGUCCCCAAAAACGUCAGGCAGAACAACUUCUCCACCUCUGGAAUGGAUCAACAAGGAUUUCUAACUACUGGUGGUUUACAAAAAUAUGAUCAAAAUUAAAAGGAAGUUGUGGAAAUUUGCUGCAUCAGGAACAAUCUCUUCCAUAGAAGAAAUAGUCCCUAGUCUCAGAAUACAGACAGAGACAUCCAACAGCCUUUUCCAGCUGGGGACUCUUGAGGAUUUAGUAAAUUAAAACAACUUCAACUAUUGGCACGAGAGUCCAUUGCUCUCAGUCCAAGUCCUAGCAAUAUGCCGUGUGUUGAAAAUUAAUCCGUUGUGUCAGGUUUUCUACAAAAGAAAAAGUAUGUACCAGUAAUUGUUGUAUGUAACAUUCCUAACAAAUAUAUCUGUAUUUAAGAUAAGUUGGUUUUUUUUUUUAACUUGGUAUUUCUAAAGAUACGUGCUGGGUUUUAUUUUUUCCCAUGAGCAAUUUUGUAAGGUCCAUCUUUUGUAAAUGAAAAAUAAUAAAUUCCAAAUGGCAAUACCCUGUAGCAUUUGUGUUGCCAAGUGGAGCAUGCAUUAAAUAAAGAGACAUGUUUUU